AUGGUAUCUUCAACGAAGCGAUCUAUUCUCAUCACAGGGUGCUCACAAGGAGGGGCAGGGAAUGCCUUAGCACUGGAAUUCCUCGACCGGGGGUUUCGUGUGUUUGCAACCGCCCGAUCACUGGCGUCUAUGGCCAACUUGGAGUCGGCAGGUGUUGAGACCCUCACUCUAGAUGUCACGUCACUAGACAGUAUCAAGGGUCUAAAGGAUGAGAUUCACAACCGGACUGGAGGCAAACUGGAUAUUCUGUUCAACAAUGCUGGUAUCAUGUAUGAGGCUCCAUCUAUCGAGGCUGACGCUACCCGUGUCCGUCAGAUGUUUGACACCAACGUCUUCGGUUUGUUCGACGUGGUUCAGACAUUCACACCCCUGCUGAUUGCUUCUGUUCAUGGAUCUCGCCAAGCUCCUACUAUUGUCAACGUCGCGUCUGUCGUCUCGCGCAUCCCAUUUCUAUUUUCAUCAGCGUAUAACGCCUCCAAGGCAGCCGUUACCUCGUACUCGGACACUUUGCGCCUGGAGGUUGAACCGCUGGGACUUCGAGUCGUUACCGUGUUCAUGGGCGAAGUCUCUACAGGGCUCAUGUCUGCAGACAACAUUAGCUUCGGCGCUGACAGUUUAUACGCCGAAGUUGAAGCCAAUGUUAGGCAGAGGUCUAUCGACCACGCUAAGUCGUCUGUUCUCCCGCGAGCCUUUGCACGGCAGGUUGUAGAAGAAGUCCUGAAACCCCAGACCAGCUAUAUUUGGAAGGGUACAAACGCCGUACUGAUUUGGUUGCUUAAUGCGAUUGGUCACAGGAAGAUCUUUGAUUCAACAAUGAAAAAGGCAGUGGGACUUGACCAAGCAGAUUUGCGGAGGGACAUAUAUGAGCGAGGUCAAAGGCUUGCUGAGCCUCGUUGA